UUUUUUUGUUGUUUUUUUUUUUUUUACUCCUCGUUUCACAGUCCAGUGGUUAGCGACACUCUCACCAUGGAGGGACUCGUGAGAAAGAGAGAGCCUUUUGAAUCAGACGCGACCCUCCAAGCCACCUCAUACCUUGUAAAACCCGUACCCGUCUCUCUCGGUGCACUGAUGUCAUCGUUGGACAGCCCCAGGCCUUGACUAUGCCUCCCUUCCCUGUCCCCUUCCUCCUGACACUGCUACAGCUUGCAGCACUUACUUCUGUGAGUGGUGGGGCAUACUAUGGACACAAGCAACACCCUCAGCCAUACCAGCCAGUGCAGCACCACCAACACAUGGGCAUGGGCAAAGAGGGUUUUCCUCAGCAACAGUACCUUGGUAAAGAGGUGCCCUAUAUGCAGUAUCCCCAUUACAGGAAGGAGAUACCCCAGAUGCCCAUGCACAAGGGCACAGACAAUGCUCGUAAAGGUGGUGGAUAUAAAGGUGGUCAAGACAAAGGUCAGACAAUCCCCAGUGGUGCUGAGGGAAUUCCUCAAGGAGAGCCAGGCCCAGCUGGGCCACCUGGCCCAGAGGGACCUCCAGGACCACCUGGACCUCCAGGGAACGGACAGCCAGGACCUAUGGGACGACCUGGACCUCCUGGUCCACCAGGAGUGCCUGGAGUGGGUAAACCAGGUUUGCCAGGAAUGCCAGGCAAGCCAGGAGGAAAUGGUGAGGCUGGGCCACAAGGAGAAAUGGGUCCUAGGGGUGAGGAAGGGCCAUCUGGACAGCCUGGACCUCAGGGUCCUCCAGGACCUCCUGGGCUACCAGGAAUAGGUAAAUCAGGGGUGCAGGGAUUACCAGGCCAACCGGGGCCAAAAGGAGAACCAGGUCACAAAGGUCUGCCAGGCCUACCAGGAUUACCAGGACCCAAAGGAGAUAAAGGGAUGGGCCAGCCAGGACAACCGGGUCACAAAGGGCUCCCUGGGCCCCCAGGACCAGCUGGCCCAAGAGGACUGCCUGGUUUUGGAAAACCUGGGUUAAAUGGGGCACCAGGUCCACAAGGACCACCAGGAGAGAAAGGACAUCCUGGAGAGCAAGGACCAGCUGGGCCUUCUGGUGAAGGAGGACAGCCUGGCCCACCAGGACUACCUGGUCAAGGAAAGCCAGGUCAAAAUGGUCUGCCAGGACAGCCAGGUAUGCCAGGUGCAAAAGGUCACCCAGGACCACCAGGUCUGCCGGGAAAGCCAGGACUGCCUGGAUUUGGUAAACCAGGACUCCCAGGACCAAAGGGUGAUAAAGGUAUGAGUGGGCCACCUGGACCCCCAGGACCUAAAGGAGAUAAGGGCCAUGGAGGACUACCUGGUAUGCUUGGCCCCCCUGGACCAAAUGGUCCACCUGGUCCUCCAGGCCCUAUGGGACCUCCAGGAGGUUUAGGUGCACCUGGUCCUAAAGGGGACUGUGGAGAUGGAGGACCUAAAGGGCUUGAUGGAGCCAUGGGUGACCCUGGUCUUCCUGGGACACCUGGUAAGGAUGGUCUGCCCGGAGGCCGUGGAGAGCCAGGGCCAAGAGGUCCCCCGGGUCUAAGUGGUGCCAAAGGAGAAAGUGGGCAUAAAGGCCUACCUGGUACACCUGGUCCUCCAGGACUUUCCGGGCCAAAAGGACAAGGUGGAUUACCUGGUGAAGUGGGGCCUCAAGGUCCUAAAGGAAUCCCAGGAAUGGAUGGCGCAGCAGGAUCAAUUGGGCCUCCUGGUAUUCCUGGGCAAAAAGGAGAUAUUGGUCCACCUGGUCUACCAGGCAAUACAGGUGAGGGGAGUCCAGGUCUUCCUGGUCCCAUUGGACCCCCAGGAAAAGAGGGCCCAUCAGGACCCCCUGGACAGCCAGGUCAGCCUGGCCCUCCUGGACCACCGGGCCCACCUGGAGUACCUGGUCUGUCUCCUGACAUGGCUGGAGUACUCUCUGAGAUGGGCCCUGGACUAGAUGGUGUUAAGGCUGGUAGUUAUGGUAAGAAGGGCAAGUAUGGAGGCAAUGGGGCAGAAGUAAUGGGUGCCAGUGGAUUGGAAAUGCCAGCAUUCACAGCUGUGGUAACAACUCCCUUUCCACCUGUGGGCACUCCAGUUGUCUUUGACAAACUCCUGUACAAUGGUCGCCAAAACUACAACCCCCAGACAGGAAUUUUCACCUGUGACAUGCCUGGCAUUUAUUACUUUGCCUACCACAUCCAUUGCAAAGGAGCCAAUGUGUGGGUGGCUUUGAUGAGGAACAAUGAGCCAGUGAUGUACACAUAUGAUGAAUACAAAAAGGGUUUCCUAGACCAAGCAUCAGGGAGUGCGGUAUUACCUCUACAACCUGGAGACACUGUGUAUAUUCAGCUGCCCUCAGAUCAGGCCUCAGGACUUUAUGCUGGGCAGUAUGUGCACUCCUCCUUCUCUGGGUACUUGUUAUAUCCUAUGUAAUAUAAUAAAAAACAUGAUCAUGAAUUACCUUAGACUGAGCAAUUUUUAAUGUAAAAUCAACAAACUGUUGAUUAUCAACAGAAACGAGAGGACAAUAUAAAAUGCUUGGAGGAAACUAAUAAGUAUGAUGGUCUGUAUAUACAGCAGCUUUUAUACUGUCAACUCUUAUAUCCGUUAAAUUGAGAGAGUAAAGAUUUAUUAUCUUACAGUUUUAAAGAUUAAAAAAUGGAGAAAAAGCCAUGAAAGAACAUCUAAAGAAGUAAAAUAUGGCUCCAGAUGUAUUGUCAUUCAUAAGAGUGAAAAAAAACACAGAGCGCAAUUUCUUAUUAGGUGCAAACACAUUUAGGGAAUAUGUGAAGUGUAUGCAAAAGAAAACCCCUUCGCCUUACAAAAAAAAAAAAAAAAAACAAGCAAACAAUUAUAGUUACACUGUUGCAGCAGUGUCAGAUUUUGUCCCUUCACCUCUUCAAAACUGGCAGCUACCCCAUACGUCAAGAAUGUGAAAUACAGUGGAAAAUAUGAAGACAUUCUGGUAGGAAAUUUCUGUUAGUAAAAUGAACUCUUGAGGAUGACAACAUAGAUCAUUUAAAGGUUUGCAUUAAAGCAGUCUGUAUGUGUUUUAGAGGUGAACACAUUUCUGGUUGUGUAACCUGCAGAUGACAGAUUUUCUGGAAAAGGUUAACUGUAUACACUCUAGUUCUGAUUUUCAAAGGAUUUAUCUCUCAAGCUCCAUGUUGGAUCACCAAAAAAGACUUGAAUUUGCAAAAUACAGGUGGGAGCAACCUAAAUGACUUUCACCUCAGGUGUGUGAAGGCAUUACAUAUAAUAGGGAUGGCUGUUAUUGGUGACUGACUAGUAAUUAAGUAAGGUUAUUAAUGUGUUCACUUGAGAGAGCACACAAAAAUCAGAUGGUCAAAAUUAGAUAAUGAUAUGCAUGAAACUUUACCUGAGAAUGCAUGUUGCUGACUGACAAUUGCUCUCAUGAGUGAGAAUGUAAUAUUAACUUCAUGUUUUAAUGUUUGCAUAAUGUGCUGUUGAGAAACAAUGUUCUGUGCAAAAAUGCAGAGGUCAAACAAACACACCAUUUUGCCCUGGGCUAUGAAAACCACUCAGAAUACAGAAUUCCUAUGUCAAUGACUAAACCAUAGGAUUAUACAGGUUUAAGUGACAGAUGCUAAAUAUGAGAAAGCAUAAAUCUGUGGACAUGUACAAUUGUGCAGUUUUUACUACAAUGUAAUACUCUGCAUUUAUGUAGUUUCAUUCCAAAGCAACCACAGUCAUUUUAGAAAUAAAUUGUUAGUUGAUGUAUUCUGACUCAUUGUUUUUAAUUUAAAAUUCACUGUUGAUAUUGUGCAAAAUUGGAAUAACUUCACACUUUUCUAGGUGUAAUGGUGGUAUAAUUAUACAUAAGAGUGUCAUAUGUGGAAAACAAAUUAUGAAUUAUACUUUUGAAAUGAAACUCUUUAACAGUGGGACUUGGUAUUUAACCAGCCCAUCUGGUGUGAUUUGUUUAGAAGAGAGAACUAAAUUAGGUACCACAGUAUCCUUGGUAUGCUUCAUGUAUUAAGUCUUGCUGCCAGGUUUGUGGAGAAAACAUAUAGAUCUACAUUUCAGUUAACAGACUCAGAGCAAGUAUUCAAUGUUGCAGCAAUUCAUAACAACAAUUAUGUCAAUAAUUUAUUAUGUUAUCUGCUGAUCUCCUACAUGCUAUGAAAUGGACAUCGAGCAUGCAAAGUUUUAAAGGAAGGAUAAAUAUAUAUUUCUCCUUUUAACCAUGGUGCUAAUACCUCCAGUGUAACCAUUGAAUUUAUGUCUUGAUGUUUCAUGUUUGUUAUUA